GGUUCAUUCGCGAUCGUCUGAACGUAACUUUUUGCGAGAUUGUGGUGAUUUCAUGUUGUAAAAAAGUGUAAUAUACAACAAUUUUAUUUUUAAAAAUGCGCCCAUCAAACUUAAAUAACAAUGACUCUCCGCCGGUGUGACAGUUUGCCCACAAAGCUCCGGGAAGUGCUGAUCACUAACUCCGAAGUAACCCAAGCAUUGACGAAUAAAAUACCUGACUCUAACACUGACCCAGAUAUAAACGAGGCUGUUGUUCGCGACGAAGUUAUCGCGACUUGGAAAUCCCUUCACACCGACGUCAAGAAUAUAAAGAAUGGCUUCCCUGCAAAAAACGGUCCAUCGGUCCAUGGCACGGAUAAAAGAUCCAUUACGCACACUUUCAGCCCUGCGUCCGUACGCAACAAUAGAGAAACGCAAAGGAAAAUCACUUAUGAUAAUAGGCACGUUUGUGUUGGCGCGCAGAACGCCGACCGUACCUCGUCCUUUCCCCUGGAAGUGGGCCAGAGUGUUCCAGACAGAAAACCUAAAUCAUUGCGACGAAGGACCUUACUGGAACGCCUUCUCUCCUGGAGAACACCGGAAUGUGAUUGUCAUAUUGAAUGCCCUUCAAAGUGCCGGCCGAUACCCAAACCGAUACCCGCAGAAGUGUUGUGCACUUGUGGUGUCGCUCGGCCAAACUUCGCGAACAAUCACAACAAAUACGCCGAGCGUGGACGUUCUAAAAGUGUUGGAUAUGAAGCUGCUCGAGAGGUGACUCAGUUUCGCCGGUGUGCUAGUGCUGGGGCAACGGUGGGCGCAGAGACCGCCGCGGCCCUACGAGCUCGUGCGGCCCUCACAUUGGCCAGGCGUUAUUACCCAGAAGGAGGCUGGGGCUGGACUAUAACCGUCGUCGGCACAAUCGUUCAAGUGUUAUCUCACGGCUUACAACUUGGCGGUGGAACUGGCGCGAUAGCAUGCACAGCCGCUUUGAAGUACCGCGUCUCUCCACUUUAUACACACGGCUGCCUCGGCGCGUUGUCAGCGGGUGUGGCUCUUGCAUUAUCGCCAGUAACAGUAGCACUAUGCGUACGGAAAUCUACUCGAGUGACAGCGGUCGUAGGAGGUCUGGUCGCAGCACUCGGUUGCCUGUUCACCUCCUUCGCCACACAGUUCCACCAACUCUUCUUCAGUUACGGUACUGUAGUAGGUGUAGGGGUGGGGUUAACUCGAGACUGCUCAACGUUGAUGGUGGCUCAAUACUUCAAAAGGCGCCGCGAGCUGGUGGAGAUCUUCAUCGUGAGCGGAAGCGGCCUCGGUAUUGCUGUCAUGUCGACUUUCAUCAAAGCUGCCAUCAGAGCAAUCGGGUGGCGAUUAGGACUACAGGCAGUGACAGGAGUGGUAUUCGUGACUUUUAUACUUGGCAUGUUCUACCGCUCGGCAUCCUUGUAUCAUCCUCAAAGACGCGCCAUUCUGCACCUUAAGAACCAAAACAAAAUCAAAAGGAAAAUGAAAGACAGAAACAAGUCUGACGACAGACAGCCUUUCUUCGACUUUUCUACUUUGAGAUCGAAAACUGUAAGAAUCUUGCUCAUGUCUACCGGGAUAUCGGCGUUUGGGAUCAACACGCCUAUAUUUUACUUGGCUUAUCAUGCCGAAGAGGAAGGACUGGGCGACACCGCAGAAUUGCUACAAGCCUACCUCGGUCUAGGGUGGGCAGUGGGAUGUGCAGCAUUCGGUCUGCUGGUGCGACAGAACUCGGCAGAAUGUCGAAUAGCGAGGCAGUACCUCACACAGGCUGCUGUGUUUGUAUGCGGGCUGGCUACCAUGGCGCUGACGGCUGUGGAAGGUUCCUACAGCGGAUAUGUAAUGUUCGCCUGGAUCUAUGGUAUAUUCUGCGGCGGAUACCAUUACUCCCUGAAGAUGUACACAUACGAGCGCGUUCGUUCGCGCAACUUCGCCCGUACGUGGGGCUUCGUGCAAUGCUCUCAGGCUGUGCCUAUAGCGAUCGGCGUUCCACUCUCUGGGUACAUAAACGUGGGAUGCGGUGGCAAGGCGGGAUACUACUUCAGCUCUACGUGCUCACUAAUAGGGUCACUGUCGCUAUUUUGCAUCGACUUUCAUCGUCGUAGCGUCGCUCAUAAACACACCAAAGAAAACGGCGGAGGAGUUGGGUGCGAAUCGGCUUGCAGUGCGCCACGGAGCCGAAGCCGUGACCGCGAACCUCGUGCCGCCACUGGGGCUGCCACAGCACUGGUUCUAGGAGCAGAGUUGGUAGCCCCAGGCAGAGCGGGUCGCGACCUGUUACUGGACAGCAUUGGGCCGGGCAGUCUGGGCUCCCCACCACCCAACAUUCCGCCAGAGCUGACAUGCAUCAGCGAGGAGGGCGGGCUAGACUUAGACCUAGAUCUAGAUAUACCCGAACAUCUGCUGGAGGACCUAGACUGUGGUGGUGAUUGUAUUACGAGCUGCAACAAGGUGGAGAACUAUUUAAUGCUGAGCGAAUAUGAGAACAAUCUGAUAGCUGAACUACCGAACUUGAAUGAACGUAAAGGCAGGCGUUGGUCGUUCGUAGUUUCCAACAACUCUCCUCAACCGUCCACUCAAGAACACCACUCCCCAGAGCCGCGGAACGAUAUCAAAUGGAAGAAAAAGUGCCAUAACACUAACAACAGACUGAUUACAGUGAUAAACGAAGCGUCGUUAUAAACCAACAUGGAGUACCCUCGAUUCACUGACUUUUCCAGCAAGUUGCCAACUCGUCGUAUUAAUAUAAACGCAUUUUUGAUAGCGACAGUUGUAAACUUAUAGCAUAUUUUGUAUGGGGAUAAAAGGGUGGCCAUCACUUAGUAGUGGCUCCGAAAGUUAGUGAAUCGGGAGCUGUUGAGACAAUAAAUAGAGGAGUAACCUUAUUUAGUGUAUCAAUGACCUAUUUAACCUCAUAAUUUAUUUGU